CACAUUGUUGCUGGAGUAGUGUCCGGUAGUUAACUUCAAAGAGGAGCAACUCUUCACGACCAGAGCUCACAUCACAGGUUCUUUUUCACUUCUUCUUCUCAGACCCACAAUUCAGAAACCUUGUUCCCCAAAUGCCCAGAAAAGUUGGUAACUGAAUGCUUAUUGUAUGAACAAAGAUUGAAACUUGCAUACUCAUAUUCAUGGCAGGUCCUAAAAUGAUUAUAAAAGGAGUGUUCAGGAGGUAUGAAAGAUGGAACCCAGUGCACCCAACCUCUGGGGCAUUUUGGGGUUUGGGAAUUGGCAUUGGUUGUGGUGUUGGAUGGGGUCCUGGUUUUGGUCCUGAAGUUAUUGGCUAUGUUGGAGCUGGCUGUGGUGUUGGCUUCAGUGUGGGUUUCACCCUGCUUGGUGUUGGUAUUGGUCUUCCUGCAAAUUGGCUCUACACUGUUCCUUGUGAUGCUGUUAUGGCAGCAAGAAGUACUGCAUUGAGGCUUGGCAGACCUCCUGGUCUUGUUUUCCCCAAAAGUAUGGCAGGAGAGAGUUGGGAUAAAAUAGCGCCAUGUGUCACAGGCCUGCGAAGAGAAGCCAGUGGGAGAUUGUCUAGCUUCAAGCAACAUCUUGUGGAAGGGGUCGAGUCAAUUGAUGUGAAGAGUCAGCUGAGUGCCAAUACUAAGACAGUUUGUGACGGUUUUACAGCGUUUGGUGAACGUGUCUUCCACUUUCCUAGAGGUUCCAAACAUUGACAGGCUGAAGAAUUGAACUAUCCGGUGCAUGUAUACUAGAAGAACUGUAAAGCAUUCUCACACAGACCGCACUCUCCCUGCCUCAGUUUGUUAGUUAGAGUAAAACCUGAGAGAAAGGUUUCAUAAAGGGGAGGCUGACUCAUAUUUUGAAAUGAUCCUCUCAUGUAAAUAACCAGCAAUGUUUUAUGAUUUUGGAAUCCCUUUGUUCUAUCACCUGGGAAAAUUUCUGAUGUGGGUAGAUAAUGCGUCUCUUGUAUUGGUUGAUCUCUUAUUCCAUCGUUGGCCUUGAUAAUUGCCUCUUAUAUUUUCAUUUUGCAAUACAGAUUUUUCAAAUAUUAGUAUGCC